AUGGCGCCCGCUUUCCUGUACGAAUCACUUACCGAAACAUUCUACAAAUCGUGUCGCGGAUACCGUCUUUUUGCUCAAUUUUUGAUCUGUAAUCUUCAAGCCGGGAACACUGUUUCUGAUGAUCUCAUGCCCAAUACGUUAGUUUCACAAAAUCGCACAGUUUUUCUCUAUUAGCUGUAUGUAUUCCAGAUUGAGACGUUUCGAAGACACCUUCGAAGCGACAACUCCCAUCCACCUAAUGAAGGAGCAUCUUCUCGAUCUGAAAACUGUUAGUUCUGUCAGUUAGUUCUGCCCUCAAGCAUUCGGAUAUGGUAAGUUCCUCCAGCACUAUUUUAUGUAGUUCUGACCAACUGUUUUAAGACUACUCGCAAGAUCGCCUCUUCCUCACAGAAAACGCCAAACGUCAUCUCCCCGUGGUUCUCCCAAUUUUCACAUUCACACUCGAAUCUCUGAAAAAGAAGGUUGAUGAGUCGCGCAUCGAGCAAGGAGUUGUCAAAAUGAAAACUCGUGGCAUUUUUCUGCUACAAAGCGCUUCGAGCGGAGCUGUCUGCUAUUUCAACCUUGAUGAUUUCCGAGUGGGGACGAUGAGCGAGCACUUGAAUAUGGUGAGCAUACGUUGUUUUGGGUUGAAUAAAACUGCAGUGCUAGGGUUAGGCGGUCAGUGCCGCCAUCAGUCUCGUUCUAGGGGCCAACGCUUAGUUGUUUUCCUUUGAAAUAAUUUCUAUUAAUUUCUCUUCAAGGUGUCAGGGCUUCUCAACUAACCCGAUGGAAACAGGAUUAUCAGACAUAAGAUGGACUAUUUACUUGGCCGUACGAGCCAAACCUUUUCUGUGAUUACACGGAUAAUUCAAUGAUUAUUUACCAAACCCAGUUUGAUCCUGCUAGACCUAAAUUUAAUAAUUUAACACAUGUCUGCAUUACUUUUUUGUUUUUUUUUUUAUUAUUAAAAUAGGGUUGAUUGAGAAGCCCUGACAUCUAAAACCUUUGCCUGGUCUUGCCUUCUGCCAGUUCUGCCACUAUUGGAUAUCUUUAAUGGGUCUUUAAAAAAACCUGAAAACUGUCCACUGGUGGUAUUUUAUUGCCCGCCUUCCAAUGGCAAACUCUGAACACUAAUAUUUCGGAAACGCACUGUGCAGAUUGAUAGAAACAAUCAUUUUUGCAGGUUUACGUGGAGGCUGCCGUUGCGACAAACAAUGAGAAGGAGCAACUCUCUGCUCGAGCGAUUGAGCCGUUUGCCUCUUCAAUGUUCGGCAGCUUGACUGAUCCGUGGUCGAGGUUGUCCGAUAAGUCUAUCGGAGAGCCGCUCAAGAACCACUGA